CCCCCCCCCCCCGCCCCCCCCGCCUGCCUGCCCCGGCUCGGGCUGCUGCUGCUGCUGCUCCUGCUCCUCCUCGCCGCCUCGCCCCGCGGGGCCGCCGACCUGCAUUGGAAUGAAACUGUAGGAGGUACAGAGGGAGUACUGUUGGAUGAAGAGAAUAUAUUUCAACAAAAUAACAGCAAUAGCAGUAAAAAUAACAGCCACAGCAAUGCAGUCCAUAAAGAAAUCACACUGCCUUCAAGACUGGUCUAUUAUAUUAACAGAGACUCUGAAAGCCCUUAUCAUAUCUUGGACACAAGGGCAAGACACCAGCAAAAACACAACAAGGUUGUGCAUCUGGCCCAGGCAAGUUUCCAGAUUGAGGCCUUUGGUUCCAAGUUCAUCCUUGACCUCACAUUGAAUAAUGAUUUGUUAUCUUCCAAUUAUGUGGAGAUUCAUUAUGAAGAUGGAAAACAAAAACUUUCUAAGGGCGGAGAGCACUGUUAUUAUCAUGGGAACAUUAGAGGUAUCAAGAACUCCAAAGUUGCCCUUUCAACAUGCAAUGGCCUCCAUGGCAUAUUUGAAGAUAGUACUUAUGUGUACUUGAUAGAACCAAAGGAUCUAACCCAUAGUUCAGAAAGCACAGGUAGGCCACACAUCAUUCAGAGAACUGUAGGAACACAAACCUCUAAGCAACUAAAGGACCUUGAGGCUGACUCUAGUUCCGAAUGGCCCUUCUUACCUGAAUUACAGUGGUUGAGGAGAAGGAGAAGAAAGAGGGCUGUGAGUGCAUCUCGUGGUGUUUUGGAAGAGAUGAAAUAUUUGGAGCUCAUGAUUGUAAAUGACCAUAAAAUGUUCAAAAAACAUCGUUCUUCCCAUGUGUACACAAACAAUUUUGCAAAGUCUGUGGUUAACCUUGUAGAUGCCAUAUACAAGGAACAGCUGAACACUAGAGUGGUUUUGGUUGCUGUGGAAACCUGGACAGACCGGGAUCGUAUUAACAUUCCCCCUGACCCUAUGCAGAUGCUCCAUGACUUCUCACGAUAUCGACAGUACUACAUCAAACAGCAUGCGGAUGCUGUACACCUGCUCUCGAAUGUGACAUUUCACUACAAAAGAAGUAGCUUGAGUUACUUUGGAGGGGUUUGUUCUGUGACCAGAGGAGUUGGAGUGAAUGAGUAUGGCCUUCCAUGGGCCAUGGCACAGGAGUUAGCACAAAGUCUGGCUCAGAACCUUGGAAUACAGUGGGAACCAGCAACCAGAAAACCAAAAUGCGACUGCGUAGAAUUCUGGGGUGGUUGCAUCAUGGAGGAAACAGGGGUCUUCCAUUCCAGAAAAUUUUCUAAGUGCAGCAUUGCAGAAUACAAAGAAUUUUUAAAUCGAGGUGGUGGUGCCUGUCUCUUCAAUAGGCCAACAAAGUUGUUUGAAACUACUGAGUGUGGAAAUGGUUAUGUAGAAGCAGGAGAAGAGUGUGAUUGUGGUUUCCGAAAUGAAUGCUAUGGAGACUGCUGUAAAAAGUGCUCUCUUUCUAAUGGAGCUCAUUGUAGUGAUGGACCUUGCUGUAAUACAUCCUGCCUUUUUUUCCCACGAGGCUAUGACUGUCGAUAUGCAGUGAAUGAAUGUGAUAUUGCAGAGUACUGUACUGGAGAUUCUGGACAGUGCCCUCCAAACCUUCAUAAGCAAGAUGGAUCAACUUGUGAUUCUAAUCAGGGACGUUGCUAUAAUGGAGAAUGCAAGACAAGAGAUAAUCAGUGCAAAUAUAUCUGGGGAUCUAAAUCUUCAGGAUCUGACAAAUUCUGUUAUGAGAAGCUUAAUACAGAAGGUACAGAAAAAGGAAACUGUGGCAAGGAUGGAAACCGAUGGGUUCAGUGCAGCAAACAUGACGUGUUCUGUGGCUUUCUGCUUUGCACUAAUCUUACUCAAGUUCCACGAAUUGGUCAGCUUCAGGGAGAAAUUACUCCAACUUCUUUCUACCACCAGGGACGAAUAGUGGACUGCAGGGGUGGUCAUGUGCUUUUAGAUGAUGAUACAGAUUUAGGAUAUGUGGAGGAUGGAGCUCCAUGUGGCCCUCACAUGAUGUGUUUAGACAGGAAGUGCCUACCAAUUCAGUUCUUGAACAUAAGCAGCUGUCCAAUGGGUUCUAAUGGAAAGGUCUGUUCAGGUCAUGGGGUGUGCAGUAAUGAAGCCACUUGCAUUUGUCAUUUCACCUGGGCAGGGACAGACUGCAGUAUUGAUGAUCCUGUUCGAGAUAAUGGCAGCAAGAAGGAUGAUGGACCCAAGGACCUUUCCAUCAUACAUCAGUUGCUUUUGCCUCUUUACUUGAGCAUGGCCACUAACAGGCUAAUAGGUGCAGUGGCAGGGACCAUUCUGGCUCUGGGGGUGAUUUUUGGAGGCACAGGGUGGGGAAUAGAAAAUGUCAAAAAGAGAAGGUAUGAUCCAAGUCAGCAAGGCCCUAUCUGAAAAACUUAAAUUGGAAUAGCCUCUCCUUGCACUACUGGAUUCUGGAUACAAUGUCUUUGCUGUAGCUGCGCAGAAAAUAAGUCAAUGAAGAAGAACAUUUGGAGUGGCACUGACUACUAUGGACCUAAAGUGAGGGUGUUGGGGAAGGGAUGAAGGAAAACUGUCCUUUUUGGAGAUAAGUUCAGAUACUCCCUCCUUUCACCUCUCUCUCUCUCUCUUUUUUAAAUGAAGACUGAAACAACAGAGAAGGGAAAACUGUUUCAAACUUGUUUU